AAUGGUUAGAAAUUAAAGAACUUUCAGAGUGGCUAGUUUCAGACACAGUUAAAGGCACAAUCAGUGCAAAAUGCAAAUACUGUCAAACUACGUUACCCAACCACAAGCCGCACUUGAUACGACACUCUGAAACUGAUAAACACAAAUCAAUAAUGAAAGCCAUUAAAUCCACAUCAAAUAUUAAAGAAUCAUUAAAACCAUCAGAUGAAGAUCUCUCAGUAAAAAGAGGUGAGCUUAAAAUUGCUGCAAUGCUGGCUACAAAUAAUUUACCAUUCCUCUUAUCAGACACUCUAGUUAGCUUAAUAGCGGACAUUUGCCCCGAUUCGAAAAUUGCUCAGAAGAUGAAGAUGGGUCGUACGAAAGCAACAGCAGUUGUAACACAAAUUUUAGGGCCCAGUCUUCAAAGUACUUUGCAUGAUUAUUUAAAACAACCCGGUAAUUUCUUUUGCCUAAUAAUGGACGAAACAACUGAUGUUGGCACAAAAAAACAAUGUGCGAUGACAGUGAUAUAUUGUGACAAAGAAUUUAAAAUAAAACAGAAUUCUUCGAUUUGCUGGAAAUGGCCUCAGGUACGGCUGAUGACUUGUAUAACGCAUUAAUACAGAGCGUUGAAACUAAAAAUAUCCCACUAGAAAACUUAGUGGGAUUUUCUUCAGACACGACGAACGUGAUGGUCGGCGAAUAUAAUUCUGUGUUCGCCAAAUUGAAAGAAAGACUUCCUAACAUAGUGUGUGUCCGCUGCUCUUGCCAUAUGAUUCAUUUGGCUGCCUCCAAAGCUUGUCUACAACUGCCAAAAUCAGUAGAAGAUAUGUUACGGAACAUUGGCUCCCAUUUCAGCCGCAGCCACAACCGACAACAGAAGCUUGCAGAAAUGCAACGCUUCUACCAAACACAAAUUCAUCAGAUUCUUUUGCCGGCAACAACCCGGUGGCUUUCUUUAAAGGCAUGUGUCGACCGAACGCUGGAACAGUAUCCUGCACUGGAAGCCUAUUUCAGACUUGAAAUAGUGGAAGAUCCGUCCAGAAUAACUGAAAGUAUCAUUUUCAGUUUGCGUAACCAGUUUACAAAAUUUUAUCUCGAGUUCAUGGCAUAUGUGCUAGACCUGCUAAAUGACUUCAAUAUUACUUUUCAGUCUGAAUCGCCAUUACUUCAUAAACUGAAACCUGCCGUAGAAGGGCUCAUCCGCACAAUUGCAAGUAACUUCAUUGAUUUACAUCACGUCAAAAACACGCCUCCUCUAGAGAUCGAACAUAAAAACCCAAGGUUGUACUUGCCUUUGGAAAAUUUGUACCUUGGUGUUUCUGUGGACUCAAGCCUCAAGGAGGUUCAAAAUGAUGUUAGAAAAGAGGACCUGGAAAGAUUCAAACUAGAUUGCCUGGCAUUUUAUGUUGAAGUAAUAGAACAAAUAAAACAAAGAUUUAUAUUUACAGACCCAAUAUAUGACAUAAUCCAAAUAGUCGAACCAAAAAUUAUAAAAUCGUUUGAUCCACAAAUGAUAACUUCAAUUUUAAACAGAUUUCCUUUUUAGCCCCACAUAUCUGAAUAAAAGUGCAUUAAUAAACGAAUGGCGGGAGUACUGUUUAUUAGAUCUGGCAAGUGUGGACGACAGUAUAUCGAUUCAAAUGAAUGCUGCUGAUUUUUGGACAAAAGUAUUUAAAUUAAAGGACAUAGCUGGUACAGAAAAAUUCAAAAAUUUGAAAAUCCUGAUAGGAUUUCUAUUAAUUCUGCCUUUUCUAAUGCCUCAGUGGAAAGAGUAUUUAGCAAACUAAAGCUGAUAAAGACUGAACAUCGGAAUCGUCUCAAUACCGAAACUAUUGCUGCAUUAAUGGCUAUUAGUUCAUCUAUACAGCAACAAGAUUGAAAUGAAAACUAUUAACUUGCAUUGAGCAUGGGUGCAGGCUAAGUAUUAAGUAUUUUGGAAUGAAGCAAAGCAUAUCUACAAACGGAAUGACACAUAUCCAAACUAUUGGAGCUUCAAGCAUGUAUUAGCAAGUUAUUUAUUUAUAAACUCGUGGUAAGUCAAAUUAUUAUUUUACAAUUACAGUCUGUUGAGAAACUAAUAGAAAAUAAUGAGACUCAUACUUUCUUCGACUUUCUGUCACAUUUGACACUAAAAUAUGGACACAAAUUAUUUAGAUGGGAUUUUCUUAGUUCCUAAAACAUUAUUUUCAUAAUUUUUUUGACAAACAACUUGUUUUCGCUGUAGGAUAUGAGUAGACUAUAGCAUUUUUCAACAUUUUAGCAAAACCGUACUACUAUGAUAAAUUAUUAUCAAAAAAAUUUUUAAUUCACUGCAUCAUUAACGAAUAUAAUGACUUUACUCCUUUCCGUAACUCUAUAUUGAUUUAUAACCUCAUUUCUCUAAUUGAUUUACGAAUGAAUUUGUUCGAUAUUGGCAAUCGGUAAUAAUGUUCUACUUUACCAUAUCGUUCUGAACAUUCGAUUCCCUAUCGCUUUUUUUCCAACCUAUGGUCGCAGACAGCCAACUCGAAGAAAAAUAAAACUGAUCUAGUUCUUGCAGAAGUAUCCCGACCUAACCGUACCUUGAAGUUAAAAACCGUACCUUUUUAGAAAGCCAACCAUCCUUUUUUGGGAAAUCAUACUGGCAACACUGC